AUGGCUCCUCCUCACCGUCAGGAUAAUCGCAGUCACCGCGAUGACCGAGAUCGAAGCCGCAGCCGCACCUCUCGGGCUCAAGCGGGUGGUUCACAGGAUGAGGAUGUGGCUGCCGCCCAGCGGGCAGUUGAUCAAGCCUUGGAACGGCAGCGUCAAGCUCAGCGUGGAGUUGACGAAGCCAUGAAAUGGCAGCGAGAGGUUCAGCGUGAAGUUGAUGAAGCGUUGGAACGGCAACGACAAGUUCAGCGCGAAGCUGUGGAGGCCUUGGAACGUCGUGCAAAUAGCCAACGACGUAGCCACCGAAUACCCUCUGUUGCAAGCAACCGCAACACCUAUUAUCGCCAGGGCAGAAGACCUACCGGCAUCACCAAGCCCCAGCAGUCAUCUAGGGUGGGGCAAGCCUUCACGAAUCUUGCUCCUAAUGCUGAGAGACGCGACUCCGCAAAUACUCAUCACGGGCCUGGCGGUAUGGGUGCUGCCAACAAGCCUCUCAGUGGUGAGCAGCCUCUCAGUGGUGAGCAGCCUCUCAGUGGUGAGCAGCCUCUCAGUGGUGAGCAGCCUCUCAGUGGUGAGCAGCCUCUCAGUGGUGAGCAGCCUCUCAGUGGUGAGCAGCCUCUCAGUGGUGAGCAGAGGCGCUCUUACCGCUUUCCGCCAAAUCGCACUGGUAUCAUGGAGGGAGUCACCUAUGAUACGGAUGAGUUGAAAGCAGUUGGCGACCAUGUUCUGAAUGUCAACCAAGGCGCAUGUCUGUCCUACCGCGUGGAGCCCAGGAGGCACGACGCUAAGAGGUUCAUGGAAAAUGAAGAGGUGCUCAAAGCUGAUAUCUCGUGGCAACCUGGCAAAAACGAGCCCGAUAUCUAUGGUUGCAUUUUAUGCAACGAGAACUAUAUGGUGGACCAAUGCCGCCGGUUUAAGAGCAUGUCUCUUAAAGAACAGGUGGAGCUCCUGGUCUUUGAACGGGCCAAUAUGCCUCGCCUUGCGGGGUUCCCUUGGACUGGCCAAUUCUGCUUGGACCUCUGCCGCGAGAAUGGUGGAGACACGAUCCGGGCACUCCAGAAGGAGUUCGAUGAGUCUCGCUUCGACACAUCGAUUCUGCGCGAGGAUCCCGACACGGAUUCGCUGCACCAGGUCCGGUUACAUUACGGUAACCAGCCACAGACCUCUCGUGCGCCGGGCCCCUCGUCAUCUGGUGAUCAUAUUCACCAGGAUGAUCCCCGUGAUCUCCCACACGCCGCGGAAGGUCGCUUUGGUCCCCUUACACCGAAGCAAACCCAGCCUGCCUCAUGGGCUCAAUCCGGGGAUAUGCAGGAUUCAGAAGCUGGCCGAGGUAUCCUUCGCAGGAUAUAG